CGCAUUCCUAAGUCUGUUUGUGAAAUAUAUAACUCAUUACGUCUUUUCUCCUGUUACGCUUUGGAUGUUUUGAAAUUGUCUGGAGUUUUUUUAACUAUAAACGAAGUAUAUGAAUUACAAAUGUGAAAGAAAGUAUCCAGAUUUAAAAUUUUUUUUCGAUACCUUUCGCUUUUUCGCCUUUAUUUUGUUGACAUUUCGGAUUUAUUUUCCUAUUUUAAUAAUGAACCAGCCUUCACAACAAAUCUAUUCUCUUCCAUAAUUCUUAUUAACGUUAUUUCUUUAAAAAGAGAACUGAAAGUAGUAGAUUUUGGUGGCGAAUCUAAUUUAAGAGCCAGAACUACAACACUUGUUCAAUGAAACAUUUUUUGUUCGGAACAAAAUAUGGAUAAUACUCUUACCGACACUUAUACUCCACCUGGCGCAACAUCCACUGUUUUAGGUGAAUUGUCAAUAAUGUCUUUGCAUUCCAAUGAUGAUUGUUUACCACCAGAUCGAGAAUCUGAUAGCGAAUUUGCUGCUUCUGUGCAAAAUAAACCUGGGCACAUUUCUAAAACAAGUUUACAAGGAGAUUACUUGCUUAAAUCUUUUGUAAACGAACAGAUUAGUAAAGAAGGCUUGGAAGUUCCAUGUGAGGAAACCAUCGAUGAAGAUUAUGCAAAGGAACAAGAAGCACAUGCACUUGGAAGAGACUUGAGAAGAUUGGCCGAUGCUUUUGAACGUAGUUAUGAAAGGAAAGCAGUGAAAAAGAAAGCUAGCGACGUAAAUCAUUAUUUAUUAAUUACUAAUUUCUUUAAGUUUUAAAAAUAAGAUUUGAAU